CUACAGGCUGCUCAGAUGCGUAGGCCACGUUGCGCGCACCCGAGCAACUGUAGGGCGGAGCACCACCUUGGUACUGCCCUCUCCUCCCAUCUCCUCUGCGCCCAACAUGGCGGAACCGAGCGGCUUGAGCGAGGAGGCUGCCUAUGGCGCCUGCUCGGAGCCGGAUCCCAGCACGAAGGUGGCAUGGGGGAGGCCGGCUCAGGUGGUAAUGGAUCCUGCAGCUGUGAUAGGAUACAGGAUUUUAUAUUUCAGCAGACAAUGUUAAGAGUAAAGGAUCCUAAGAAGUCACUGGAUUUCUAUACAAGAGUUCUUGGAAUGACACUGCUUCAGAAAUUUGACUUUCCUCCCAUGAAGUUCUCACUGUUUUUCCUGGGUUAUGAAAAUAAAAACGAUAUCCCAAAAGAUAAAGCUGAGAGAACACCUUGGACCUUCUCCAGAAAAGCUACACUUGAACUGACACACAACUGGGGCUCUGAGAAUGAUGAAAAGCAGUCCUAUCAUAAUGGCAAUUCAGAUCCCCGAGGAUUUGGGCACAUUGGAAUUGCUGUCCCUGAUGUCAAUAAAGCUUGUAAGAGGUUUGAAGAACUAGGAGUGAAAUUUGUGAAGAAACCAGAUGAUGGUAAAUUGAAAGGAAUUGCAUUUGUUCAGGAUCCUGAUGGCUACUGGAUUGAAAUUUUGAAUCCUAACCAUAUGGUGACUCUCACUUAGAUCUAAGUGAAUACACUGUAUAAAAGAUACAAACUUAGUUCCCUGGAGAAAAUCUGUAACAGUGUUUGUGAAAAUCAAUUAUGUUCAGAUUUUCUUCUAAAACUAAACUGAGGCUCCCCAACUGUUCUCCUGUGAUGCCACUGCUAUUUGCUUCCAGUUUGGAAUCCUCACCCAUCUUUUAAAGAGCACGAAUAUGUACUCUGCUCUUAAACAGACUCCACCAAUAUUUCACUAAACACUCUAAGAUGCAUGACUAGAAGUUUACAUCAUCUCACGCUACCUAGAUUUAAACUAACAAAAAAAGAUCCUGCAUUAUUGCUGAUGGGCUUCACCGAGGAGCAUAUAUAAUGCAUAUUUUUUUCAUUAAGUCAGAGGAUAUCCUGAAGGCUUUGUGCACUUCCCUGUUUAUUAGAAAAUAAAAUAUCAGAUUUCUUACCUGA